GAUCCAGCUGCAGACGCUGUGCGACUGCGCAAGACUAACCUGCCUUACGUUUUAACGGACAUUUUCUGCAUGCAAUUUUCUCAGAGAUCCUCGGAUUGAAUUCUGCCCUACUUAUUUUUGUUCUCCUACGUGUCUACGCAGUUUUCGUUUUGUUCGGUAAUUGUUUGCGGAGCCUGCUCGAGGACCGCUAUGUUGUCAACGACUCUGUAUAAAUACUAAAUUUAAUAUAAAUCGUCAAUUAUCGCUUUUGAGAAGAGGUUCUCAAUGAAAACCAACAUUUACCAAACUGAAGACUAAACAGUAACAAACUCCUGCUGCGUGCGAUUACCAUCAACUCCCAUGAGGGGCUAGUUGGCGAGAGCAGCAUUUAGUGCCAACGCCUUUCCCUUCCCAGUCCCUGGCUGCUGCGGGGAGCUUGACGAGCGGACUGAAGCGAUUUAUUUCAACCAGUUAAUAAGCAACUCUGUUCAGACGAACAGACACAAGGAAAAGUUGGUGAAAAUGGGGUGUACCAUAAGCGCCGAGGACAAAGCUGCCAUGGAGAGGAGUAAAAUGAUUGACAAACAUCUGCGAGAAGAUGAGGAGAAGUCGUGCCGAGAAGUCAAACUUCUCUUGCUUGGUGCCGGGGAGUCUGGCAAAAGCACCAUAGUGAAGCAGAUGAAGAUCAUCCAUGAAGACGGCUACUCAGAAGAAGAGUGCAAGCAGUAUAAAGUGGUGGUGUACAGCAACACCAUCCAGUCCAUCAUCGCCAUCAUCAGGGCCAUGGGCUGGUUAAAAAUCGACUUUGGGGAUGCGGCCCGUGCGAACGACGCCCGCCAGCUGUUUUCUCUGGCCGGCUCCACGGAGGACGGCGUGAUGUCCACGGAGCUGACGGCCGUGAUCCACCGGCUUUGGGCCGACGAGGGAGUCCAGGCCUGCUUCGUCCGCUCCCGGGAGUACCAGCUCAACGACUCCGCUUCAUACUACCUGAACGACUUGGAGCGGAUCUCCCAGUCCAGCUAUGUCCCCACACAGCAGGACGUUCUCAGGACCCGCGUGAAGACCACUGGCAUUGUGGAAACACACUUCACCUUUAAAGAGCUCUUCUUCAAGAUGUUUGACGUGGGGGGCCAGCGCUCGGAGAGGAAGAAGUGGAUCCAUUGUUUCGAGGGAGUCACCGCCAUCAUCUUCUGCGUGGCCCUCAGCGACUACGACCUGGUGCUGGCGGAGGACGAGGAGAUGAACCGCAUGCACGAGAGCAUGAAGCUGUUUGACUCCAUCUGCAACAACAAAUGGUUCACAGACACGUCCAUCAUCCUCUUCCUCAACAAGAAGGACCUGUUUGAGGAGAAGAUCAGCCGAAGUCCCCUCACCAUCUGCUUCCCCGAGUACUCUGGCACCGGCACCUAUGAGGAGGCCGCUGCUUACAUCCAAUGCCAGUUUGAGGACCUGAACCGACGGAAGGACACCAAGGAGAUCUAUACCCACUUCACGUGCGCUACAGACACCAAGAACGUGCAGUUUGUGUUUGACGCCGUCACCGACGUCAUCAUCAAGAUGAGCCUGAAGGAGUGCGGGCUGUAUUGAGGAGAGCGUGCUGUAUAGAGGAGCUGGACCCUGCUGCAGGAUAUGGAUGGGGGAGCCCGAUCGGGACCUUGUUGGCUGUUUUUUAAUGCAAGUAAACGACAUGUUGUUUAUGACAUUGUUGCUCCACGAUUUGUGUUGUGCCUUAAAUCCUCCCUUUUGGGAAGUACUUUAGUACUUUGGUAGAAGUAGUGAACUGGGCCACGUCGUCAUGGACAUGGGACCACAAAGAGUUUUAAUAUGAGCGAGGGACACUUUUCACUAGUAGCGUUGCAGGUUAUAUUUAUCGGUUGUAUUCGUUCACAAAUCUGAUCUGACUUUUCACUUACUCAGUAGAAUCAAUUUUUUUAAUGAGACACAAUCUAAUAAGGAGAAAAGCUAUUUGAGAAUUACUGUGGCAAUUCCUUUGGUGCUCUUAAGAAGGGGACGGGAUUUCAAAUAUUUCCUCCAAAUACAUUUGACAAGGUUAUAUUGGCAAUUGAUACUAUGCACAAGGACCAACAAAAACUGCUUGUUAAUCACUCCCUACUUCCAUGUUCCAUCUAUGAAAUGAUAUUAGCCGUUUUUAUUUUUUCUUCCUCUUAAUUGUAAUUGUCAAGUACAUCAUGUUUCAUUGAUUACUCCAUCUCUUCUGCCUUUUAUUGUUCAAUUUGAAUUUUGAGUUGCACUUUGGUAUUAGAGGAUGACCUAGUUCUGCUUGAUCAGAUGUGUGUAUUUCAUAAUUUAUGUAUAGAUGAUAGUUUGUGUGGAUCAUGUGUAUAUAACCCUUCAUGUCUGAAUUGAUCAAGGUUCAGGGUACCAUAGUUUCAUAAUCUGAACCCAUUAGGCUUUAACAUUGCAACAUAGCGGUGUAUUUACUGUAGUUAUCUUUACUUUGUAUUCUCUAUAUAUUUUUAUACCUCCUUCACUGCAGCACAAUGUGGGGCAAUGUGAAGGGACAAAGUUGGAAAGAGAUGAAUAACUCCAUCAAUGUUCACUUUUCUUUUUGGAAAUGAACAUGAAACUUUUAGGUAAUUUUAAACAUUUUAAAUGUUUUUAAUUGUAUAGGUAGUGGCAGAAAAAUAGUUUUAACAAGCAUACCAACAGGGAAAAUGCAUUCAUUAUUUUUCUAUGACCAACUCUUGACAGUUAUAGCAGAAUUUGCCAGCAGAAUUAAGAGUGAGGUUAGGAUUUGACAUUAUGAAAGCAAAUAUUGAGGAUGAACUAACAAACAUGACUUGCAUAUGUGAAUCAAUUUGAAAUUUGUACAGUGGCGUGUUUCAUCUAAAGCGGAUUAAAUGGGGGCCCAAAGGGGCCGUUCUUUC